UGUUUUAUCUAUUUAUGGGGAUCACUCUCGCCCAACUGCCACCUUCACAUUACCUGCUGGCAGUAUCCAAAGCUGCCCGUGGUGUGAUCAGCAUUUGGCCUCUUUCAGAUCCACCUUUUGUUGUUGUAAAAUGAGCAUUCCAGUGGUGGACUUUGGCGCAUACAGCCUGAGUCAAAAAGAUGUUGCCGACGAGCAGAUGCGCAACUUGAGCGAAGAGCUGAAAACGGCUUUCACAGAAGUUGGUUUUGUUUUUCUGAAGAACACUGGGAUCACUCAGGAGGAGGUGGAUCGUGUUAUGGACAUAUCUAAGAAAUUCUUCAUGCAGCCAGAUGAACUUAAACGACCCUUCAGCAGGAAAUCCUUUGCCAACAAUCCUAACCAUGGAUGGGUGUCUCUGGAAACUGAGAGGUUGAAUCCACGUCGACCUGGAGACCUAAAGGAAGCAUUCAACAUUGCUUCAUUUCACCCUGACAUAAAAUGGCCAUCAGGUGCUGUAGCAGCGUUCCAGGAGAUCCAGAAGUCUUUCUUCCUGCGCUGUAAAGAGCUGAGUCUGCGGGUGCUGAGGGUGAUGGCCUACAGUCUGGGUCUGGACCCCGAAGUGUUCCUGAGUACACACCGCUUAAUAGGAACUGACGAAAAUGGCACAACACUGCGAUCUCUGUACUACCCCCCAGUAAACAGUGAGAAAGCGAAGGAAGGUCAGCUGCGAUGUGGAGAGCAUUCAGACUAUGGCAGCAUCACUCUGUUGUUUCAGAGCUCUGAAGGUCUGCAGGUGCGUAGACGUUCAGGUGAAUUCAUCUACGCUCCCUGCAUCCCUGGAACAGUCCUCGUCAAUAUUGCUGAGCUGGUACAGCGCUGGACCAGCGAUCAGUUUGUCUCUGUGCUCCACAGAGUUUUGCUGCCCCCUGUUGGAGAGUCCUGCACACGUCAGUCUCUGGCUUUCUUUGUCCAGCCAGAUGAUGAGGCUCUGAUCACCUGCUGCGAUGGCUCCAACAAAUACCCUCCAGUUACAGCAGGCGCUUACCUCAUCGAGCGCUUCAAUGACUCAUACGGACAGAGCUGAAUUUGUACCUGUCAGUUCAUUCACACACAACUGUUGAUUAUAGAUAUGAUGUUGUCAAUAACAGAGUCUGAAAAGUCUUUUAUCAUGCUUUUAUCAUAGUUACUUUUGCCAAAAUGAUGAAUAUGGAUUCCACAAUGUUUUUUAUAUUUUUAAUUGUGUUCUGAGUGAUUGCAUUUUUCUGAUAAUCAUUGAAUUAAUGUGUGUGAUCACACAGAAGAAGACACAAAUCUGCAAGCUCAUUCACUUUAUUGUCCACAUUCAAACCUUGUACAACUGUUUCAUGAUUCAGGAUGUUGAGUGGUGGACAGAUUUCACUGCUUUUUGAAAAGGGACAUAAAAAAAAUAAAACCAACAAGUCCAUUGUAACUUAACUCAUCAAAAAGUAUACUUUUUGAUAAAUAAAGUAUAAGUAAAGUAUACAAAUUAUUUGUAUCCUUAUGUCUCUCAUUGGUUGUAUUACUCUAUAAUAUGGACAGUUUUGACCCUGUGACUAUUUUUGGUGUAAUUUAACAUCUAUGACAGAGAUGACCUGCUGCAGCUUCAUUCACAGCAGUGUAGAGAAUGAAUAAAUUAAAAGUAUUCUAUGAAGAAAAAUUACAAAUUCACAGACACACCAAACACAUACAACCACUUCAGAUUCCAAACUGUCACUCUGACACCAGCACAUUUAUAUUAAAUUAAGAGCUUUAACUAUUUGUAAAUUAAAUGUUCUUCAAUCACCUGAUCAAAAAAGGAGAACAGCUAGAAAAGGUCUUCUGAAAAACUGUGAUUUCUAAACUUUGAUUGAUAGCAUACUUUUUACACCAACAGAGGUGUACAUUGUCACAUAAAUCAUAAAAUAAACAUGAUCAUGAUCUUACAAGUUACUAAAAAAAUGGAGAAUGUCCUUUCAUUAGACAGCAGCACUACGUAAACACAACACAACAAAAACACUUACAUUUCUGACAAAGGUUUCUCAGAAAAAAAAUGGGCCUUCUUUUCUUUAGUGGAAUAAAUAAAGUUGUUUCCUUUAAGCAACAGUAUCUGUGACAAUGAACUACAGUGUGCACUAAACAAAACAUUCACUUAUUAGGC